AUGGCUCCUCACGCAGUUGAAGGCGACAAUGCGAUCAGCACUGCACAUGUCAGUGCGAAGGAUCGUUCAUCUAUUACAUCUGCGGCAGCGGUCGACUUGAAAAAUGACACGACGGUCCCUGCGGUGGGCAAGGAUCAAUGGUUUCAUUGGCACGAGCCCGGAACGUCCAAGGAGGAGAAGAAGCUCAUUUUCAAGCUUGAUUGGUUCCUGUUGAGUUUUGCAUGCUUGCUAUUUUUCAUCAAGCAGCUUGAUGGAAACAAUGUUUCAAACGCCUACGUGUCUGGAAUGUCGGAGGAGCUGGGUUUUGGUCCCGGAAAUGAACUUUCGUGGAUGAACACGUACUUUUCAAUUGGAACCAUCAUUGGAGGUACAGCUGCCAACCUCAUCAUCACGGUUCUUCGACCCCGAAUCUGGCUUUCCUCCUGCCUCCUCAUCUGGUCUGUCUUUGUGCUAGCCCUGUUCAAGUGCAACCACGCGUACCAGUUUUACGUCUUGCGCUUCUUCAUCGGCCUGUUUGAGUCGGCGGCUUGGCCAGGUGUCAUGUACUGCCUCGGCUCGUGGUAUCGAAAGAGCGAGCUGUCUCGUCGAAGCGGCCUGUUUGUCAUGAGCGGAGUCAUUGGACAGAUGUUCUCUGGAUAUCUGCAGGCUGCUCUUUUCACGGGCAUGCACGGUAAAGGUGGCAUGUCUGCUUGGAGAUGGCUGUUCAUCUUUGACUUUAUCCUGGCUCUGCCAGUUGCUGUUUAUGGAUUCUUCUGUUUCCCUGACACACCCCAUACCACCACCGCCUUUUAUCUCAACGAAUGGGAAAAGGAACGUUCCAAGCAGCGUAUUGAGGAAGAGGGCCGCAAGCCAGCUGGAAAGAUGGACUGGUCGGUGCUUCGUCGCGUCUUUGGCUCCUGGCAGGUGUAUUCGUUUACAGCCGCAUACUCGUUUUGGACCUUGACCUGCGGAAGCUAUGUCAUGCAGUACUUUGCCAUCUACCUCAAGUCGACCGGCUGGUACUCGGUCCCUGAGAUCAACAACAUCCCAACAUGUAUUGGAGCAGUCAACUUUGUCUUUAUGAUCUCUACGGGUUACAUCGCCGAUAAACUCGGUGGCCGUGCUCUUGUCUGUGGCGCCGUCGGAAGUCUCAUGAUAUUCAACUACGCCAUCCUCACCGCGUGGGACGUCCCGCACAAGCUCCGAAUGGCAGUCUUCAUCAUGCACGGCUGCUACGGCUGCUUCACGCCCCUCCUCGCGGGCUGGGCCAACGAGGCCUGCGGCGGCGACCAGCAGAAGCGAGCCUUUAUCUUGGGCUUCAUGGUGUCUGUCGGCCAGGCCGUGGUGAUCCCGUUCCAGCAGGUCCAGCUGGCGUCUGGCGAAGCUCCCGAGUUUAAAAAGACGCACGGCUGGGGGAGUGCGCUGGCUUGGGUGGUUGCUUUGACGCUCUGGACGGGAGUUGGGUUGCCACUGGUGCAGAGAUGGAGGCAGAAGGAGGUUGUGGUGACGACAAGGGAGGAAGAUGUUGAUGAAGUCUAG